CAGGUAAAACUUCGAUCGGAUUAAUACUGUAUUCCAUUCAAAGCGAAAAUCAAGAAAUACAAUCCUUAAUGGCAAAUCCAUUGCGAUUGUAUCUGACAUGCAUAAGAAAUACGCUCGAGGCAGCAAUGUGUCUUCAGAAUUUCCCAUGCCAAGAAGUAGAGAGGCAUAACAAACCAGAGGUUGAAUUAAAGACAAGCCCAGAACUUCUUCUUAAUCCUGUUACGAUUUGUAGAAAUGAGGCUGAAAAGUGCUUGAUUGAAACAUCUAUUAAUUCCCUAAGAAUAAGUCUAAAGGUGAAACAAUCAGAUGAACUUGAAAAUAUACUAACAAAGAAGUUCCUUAGAUUUUUGUCUAUGAGAGCAGAAGCGUUUCAGGUGUUGAGGAGAAAGCCGGUUCAGGGCUACGACAUUAGUUUUCUCAUUACAAAUUAUCAUUGUGAAGACAUGCAGAAGCAGAAGCUUAUUGAUUUCAUAGUGCAAUUCAUGGAGGAUAUUGAUAAGGAGAUCAGUGAACUGAAACUAUCAGUGAAUACGCGAGGGAGGCUUGUCGCUACUGAGUUUCUAAAGCAAUUCAUCUGAUCUUUCGUUUUCGUUGUUUAUUCUCUGUUCUAUUCUUGUGACAACUAGAACAUCUAUUCAUUUUUUUGUUCUCUGCUUGUAGC